GUGCCUUUUGAAGGAUGCUAUCGACAGGUUGGAACAACAUUGGUGAUAACCGAAUAUUCCGGUGCUGCUGCUGCUUCGGCAUCCAAAAUUGAUGACUCACAAACGCAUCCGAUUGGUUUGGAACCGAUUGAGCGGCUUAUUUUUAUCAAACAACAACAGCAAUGUUCCUAUUGCUGGUUUUUUCCAAAAAGAACAGGUGAAAGUAACGAAAGCACCAGUAGCAGCAAUCUCGAAAACGAUCAAGAUCCACAUUUCUUCUGCCUUCGAUGUCGAAGGCGAUUCGGUUCAAGCUUGCAACUACGCCAACAUUGCGCGCUUUCUCAUCCAACGAUUGUCAGUAGAAAUAGCAAUAGCAGUAAUAAUUUUUCGUUCGCUAACAUGGAUGCAGAUUUGCUGCUGGGAAACUCUCAAAAAUCCGAAAAUUCCGGAGAGUCGGACGAAAGUACCAAUGGAACUGUUAUGAAUUCUGCUACCAUUGUUGUAAUGCCCGAUUUAAGCGUACGCAAAGGAGAGCCGUUGCGGUAA